AUGUCGGCCCGCAAAGAGCCCACUAGCCAAGAGAAGCAGACUGGCAACAAUGAGAACCAGUCAAGCCGUGAUGCAGAGUAUCGAGGCGAACAUACUCCCAGACUAGGCAGCCAUUUUUCCUGGUCGUCCAUCGGCUUGCAUCCACAGGAGCUUGGCUCAGCCCGGUUCACAUUCCCAUCUACCAAUCUGACCCCACGUGAGGGCAACACUGAUCAGAAGGUCCAAUCGAGGGCUCCUUCCUUGAGGAUUCCUUCAACAAAACUAACUGAGCCUAUCAAACGCUGUACCUCUAUUCGAUGGGCCAGGGAUCUUCCGGUACCCGAUAGAAGACCCCCCCUUCCUUCUUUUCUGAACGAACCCACUGCCAGCCUUGAGGCUCGACGAAUUAAUUUCCAAUUCAAUAACCGCAGUACCCUCGGCAAAGAUAUUUUUAUCACUGGCCCAGGUUCCGCUGACUACGACUACCUUGCUGAGAAGAGAAUCUACAGGGCAAGAAAGAAUUUUGAAAGGACCCGGAAGAAAAGGGAGGCAAGAAUCGCUUCUCAACGUUUGAAGGCUCAAUCCGACGGCGACGACGACGACGACGGAAACCACAUGAUGACCUCUCCGCUUCCGUUGCCGAGCGACUACGUCCCUCCUCACAAGCGAUCCGCCAAGGCCAAGGCCGAAGAUCCAGUUGUUGAGACCCAGGAGCAACCCACAACCACCAGCUACUACGCGGAGUCGGACACGGAGUCUUCGGACGAUUAUGCUGACUCAAGCGUUCUUCUUUCUGAGGUAUUCGGGGAGCUGGCACCUCUGACAACCACGGCUCUCGAGGAUCUCCCAGAGAGACUAGGCGUCAUUUCCAAGUCGAAGAAGAGCCACUCAUCUUGGGAAGUCAGCCUUGACGAUGAGAAUUCGUCCUCUGGUGGCGCUGGCUCGAGCCAGGACAGUGAGGAUCUGAAUGAGGAUUCUGUGCCUGAUUCUAUCAUCAAAGCCUCUCCAUGGUUUCUAGCAUGGCUCCAAACUCUGGAUGGCGAAUUCGUCACUUCCUUCCUGGCCGAGAACCAGGAUCACCACAACCACGAUGUUGACCCUGCCACUGGACAGCUGCUGCCCCGUAUUGAGCAACCAACCACUGUCGCUAAUAUCGAGGACGGGCAGGAUAUGACGUCCGCGAUGAUUCACCGUCGCCGCGAUUGGACCAGCAACCUGGUAAUUCAUCGCGAAAUUACUGUUCGUAAGAACAUGGCCCGUCGUCAGCAGAAGGAGAAGGAGGAGCGGACUAGUCAAUCUGCCGUCCAGGCUCAAGAGAAGAAGGAAAAGAGAGAAAUUGCGGAUGCCACGACGACCUCUGUGGCAUCUACAUCGGACGGGAACAACCUUCUGGCAGAUUGUGUCCUUCGCCCUGGUCAGCCAACCGACGCCGAGGCCUGCGCCGAGAUAUACAACCUUGCCGUUGGUAAAGAUCACCUGGUGAUCGACACCUAUCCAGUCUCUGCCCAGCGAUUCGAAUACAUAAUGGGCGAGUGCAAGAGACAGAAGCUUCCAUUCAUCGUUGCGACUGCCAAGAAGACCGAAUUGAACGACCCGAAGAACUGGCCGUCUCGUGACGCUUACCGACAAUACAUGAAGUGGAAGAAGUCUCAUUCCCAGGAGGAAUUGGCCCCUGAGACUACCAUAUACGGAUUCGCCUACCUCCGGCCAUAUGAGACAGGCAUUGGAGGGCUCACCGGCAACGCGACCCCGACUGUCAAGGCUACUAUCUUUGUCCACCCUGAGCAUCGACGUGGUGGCAUCGGAAGUGCCCUUCUCCAUCAGCUCCUCAGCCAGACUUCGAUCUUGUAUCACGGAUACGUCAAGUGCAAGUGGGCUGAUCCGGAUGCUAACGAAGACGCCUUCCAUAAGCCCGACUUUCGGGAUAUUCACCGUAUUGUCGUCCACACAAUGGCCCAGAGCGAGGGCGGUCACAGCCUCAAGUGGAUGGAGAACUUUGUGGCGAGUUUCCAGUUCGAGCAGGCUGGCCAUCUUAGCCAGGUCUACAAGGUGACCCACUCUCACGGCGCCGAGUGGUAUGACCAAGUGAUUUGGCAACACUGGGCGAAGAAGAUCUCCCCGAAGACUUUCUAUCUCGGAGACGAGUCUGAAUGCUCCUACGACUACCCCGGAAAGUCCCACUCGCUUGGAGCUCGAAGAGUUGAGUCUCCUGUUCCUCGCAAGGAUCACCAGCACAGCGAUGGCUAUGAUAGCGACGACAUCUUCAGAGGCUAA